AUGAAGUAUUUAAAGAAGAGAAAGUUACAUAAUUUAAAGAAAAUUAGUAUACGAAUGAAGCAUGGUCAUUUUUUUUACUUCAUUAGAGAGCUUUUAAGAUUGAAAAAACUAAAAAAAUUAUAUGUUAAGCAAUGUAAAAAAGAAAGGGAAUUAAUUCAAAAAGUCAAGAAAAAAAAAUUAAAAAAAAAAAAAAAAUUGUACAUUAACGAUAAUAUAAAAAGAGAUGCAGCCAAGAAUAAAAAAAAGAGAAAAAUCAAUAAAAGACUUAAUGAUAAAGCUAUUAAAAAUAAUAAAAAAGAAAAUAAAAAAAAAGAUAAGACAGAACGCAGUAAUUUAAAGAAUAAUGAUAAAAUAAAUAAGGUAAAUAAAAUCAUAAUAAAAAAAGAAAAGAAAAAAAGGGAUAAAAAUUUGAUUCAAAAUAAAUUAGAUAGUAUAAAUCAUCAUAAAAAAGGAAAAGAAAGAAAAAAAAUAGUUAAAAAUAAACAAAAAAUUAAAGAUGGAAAUAAAAAAGAUAAAACGGAAAUAUCAGAAUUUAAAGAAAAUAUUGAAAUAAAUCAUAUGGAAAAAAUUAAAAAUGAUUGUAAAGGUAAUAAUUCAGCUGAGAUAUCCUCUGAUUUAUCAAACAAAAUAUUUAGAAUACAGAAUUCGACAAAAAUAUUUGAUAUUAAUUUAAUGAGAAAUUAUACAAAUGAGAAUAAUUUAAUUAAAAAACCAAAUAAUGAACAUAAUGUAAUAGAAUUACAUCAUAAUAAAUAUAAUGUAAAAGAAUUACAUGACAACAUUAAACUAAUAGAGAAAUUUGAUUCUAAAAAUAAAUCAAUAAAUAACAAUAUUUCUAAAGAGAUGCUUGAGUACUUUGUUUCUAAAUGUAUUGAUUUAAAAAAUUUUAUUGUUACAUACAAUUCAAGCUUUAAAAAUAUUUUUAAUAAUUUAUUUAACGAAUAUAUGUUUCUAAAAAAGUAUAUUAACAGCAAUCAUAACGUUUAUCAUAAGUUAAUAUUUUUUUUUAGCUGUAAACAUUAUUUAAAAAAGUUGAAUUAUCUUUUAUCUAUAUUUUAUGAUGUUAUAGAAGAGAAUGACGAGGAUUUAAUGCUUGAAUUUUAUAAAGAGAUAAAAAACAAUAGAAGAUUACUAUACUAUAUUGGAAGAAUAUUAUCAAAUUAUUUAACAUGCAUAGCAUAUAAAAAAGUAGUAUAUAUAAUUAUCAUUUGCUUUGCACGAGUUCAUACAGUUCUAAAUUGUAUUCUUAUAUCAGAACCUUUUAAAAGUAUUAUACCUGAAUUAUUGAAUAUAAUUAAUCAUAUUAAAAUAUGA